GUGAACCGUUCCGAUGAUGAACCGGCGCGAGCCGACGAUCCGUCGCGCGGGAACGCUCGGCUAGAAGCGGGGGAGAGGCGGAACACCUCGGCGUGUCUGUCCUCCGCGGUGUUACAUCCUCGGGAUCGUUUGUGCGGAGAACGUGCGCGCAGGUGUUUCGGGAUAGUGAAUCGCGCCACCGUCACCGCUACCACGUGCCAACCAGGACGCGACGAUUCAUGGGUAUAUACACUUCAAAGGAACACGUUCACGAGCACGAGAUCGUGAUACCACGGAAAGUGACCCACAGGGGGGAGCUUAUCUCCCACAACGUGACCCACCACCACCACGAGGAUGGACCAGUGGUUCACUAUCGACUGUCAGUCGCCGGUAACGAGUACCAUAUCGAGCUGAUCGCCGUGGACAACUUCAUUGGGCCGGGGAUGGUGGUCGAAAGACGGAAACGUGACGUGCACGUGCGCGCCCGACCGAAAAAUCGCUCCAGCAAGUGCCAUUAUCGAGGCUUCAUUCAUGGCCAGAUCAACUCCCAAGUCGCCCUGUCCGCCUGCGACGGUCUGGCGGGCAUGCUGCGCGGCGAGCACGGGGAGUUCUGGUUGGAACCAGUCGCCGUGUCCCCGGAAGAAGAACGAGUCAGCUUGGAGGAAAGGCUGGAAGACGCCGGCGCCGAGGGCCGCGCUUCGGCCGGCCUCCACCGGAAACUCCAUUCGCUGGCCGGUAGGCCGCAUCUCGUGUUCCGCAGGUCCGUCGAGCAGCCGCAGCUCGAGAUCGGCGCCGCCGGCCGCACCAGACGCCGACGAAAAAAGAAGAGAAAACUCGAGAGAAACUGUGGCACUCGCGAACCGAGACGAUUGACGGAAACGCGGCUCGAGUGGCAGACGCAACCGGGUCUCGUUCAGGUUCAAGGACGAGGCCGAAGGAAACACCAUCAAACGAAACGAUGGCAGCGUUCCAAGAGAUCGAUCAGCCGACCGCGUCACGUUGAGGCCCUCGUUGUCGCUGACACGACCAUGAUGGCUUUUCAUCAGGACGGCGACGUCGAGACGUAUCUGCUGACCAUCAUGAACAUGGUGUCGUCGCUCUACCUAGACCCCACCAUCGGGAAUUUCAUCAACGUCGUCGUCGUCAGAAUAAUUCUCGUCGAGGAGGACGAGGCGGAACAAGGGCUGGACAUCACGGUGAACGCGGACAGGACGCUGUACAAUUUCUGCAAGUGGCAACAGAAGCUGAAUCCAACGGACGAUUCGCAUCCGAAUCAUCACGACGUCGCGAUUUUAGUGACGAGGGAGGACAUCUGCUCGAGGGCUAACACUCCAUGCAGUACCCUGGGAGUAGCGCACGUAGCCGGUAUGUGCCAACCGGACCGCAGUUGCAGCGUCAACGAGGACAAUGGAAUCACCCUGGCGCACACGAUCACGCACGAAUUGGGACACAAUUUCGGGAUGUACCACGACACAGAAAAAAUCGGCUGCAGCAAGCGGGACGGGGACACGCUGCACGUGAUGACACCGACAUUCGAAGUGGACACUAUCGGAGUCGCUUGGUCGAGAUGCUCCAGAAGAGAUAUAACGAAUUUCUUGGACCAAGGGAAAGGCGAGUGUUUGGAGGACGAGCCGGCAGACAACGAUUACGCGUAUCCGGAUUUGCCACCCGGCGCGAUGUACAAUGCGGAGCAUCAGUGUAGGCUACAGUUCGGCGUCAGGGAAGCUUCCGUCUGUUCUCCGUUGCAGGAGAUCUGUUCGAAGUUGUGGUGCAUCGUGGAUGGCACUUGCACCACUAUGCUUCAUCCGGCUGCCCCGGGAACCCAUUGUGGGAAACACAUGUGGUGUCAGAACCAAGAGUGCGUGCCGAUCGUGGACAGGCCACGGCAGAUCGAUGGUGGAUGGGGUGAAUGGGGCUCUUGGAGCGAGUGCUCGAGAUCCUGUGGCGCGGGUGUUUCGAUCGUGGAGCGGAAAUGCGAUCAUCCGGAGCCAGCGCACGGCGGUAAAUUCUGCAUCGGCGAAAGGCGUCGAUACAAAAUUUGCAACACGCAGCCCUGCCCGGAGGGCACGCCCAGCUUUAGAGCCGUUCAAUGCAGCAAUUACGACGGCAAGGAAUACAAGGGGAAAAAUUACACGUGGCUACCGUACUUUGAUCAAACGGAACCUUGCGAAUUGUAUUGCACCGAUACAGAGGAAAGCGUGAUCGUCCCAUGGGGUGAAGCCGCUCUGGAUGGUACACCCUGCAACGUCGGCACCAGGGACAUGUGCAUCGCCGGAAUCUGUAGAAAGGUCGGCUGCGAUUGGACGGUCGACUCCGAGGCCACGGAGGACCGUUGCGGGAUUUGCCACGGGGAUGGGACUCAGUGCGAAACUACGGGCGGCGUUUACGAUAAAAACGACGGGCCGGGGUACAAAGAGGUCGUCGUUGUCCCUUCUGGAUCGCGAAACAUUAAAAUCGAGGAAAUUGGCAACAGUAAGAAUUACAUCGGCAUAGGUGUGCCUAACUCGGACAAGUACUUCCUCAAUGGGAAACGGCAGAUCACUUUAGCUGGGGAGUACGAGGUAGCUGGAACACCAGCUUUGUACGAGCGAGACCGCGACAGGGAGAAGAUCAGAAUUCCCGGUCCUAUUAAAGAGGACAUCGCAGUUUACUUAAUUUCCAGAGGACACUACCGCAAUUUCGGGCUGCGAUACGAAUACACCGUGCCAAAGAAGGAGCCUGACCGAGCGCCGGAAUACUCUUGGGUAUUUUCGGACUGGUCACUUUGCACUGUGACCUGCGGCGGCGGUACGCAAGUCUCGAAGGCUCUUUGCAACGAGAAGAAGAGCGGAGUCGUCGAAGAUCACUUCUGCGAAGGCAUCGAGAUGCCGGAAUCGAUGCUGCGGGAGUGCAACUUAAAUCCGUGUCCCGCCAGAUGGUGGAUCGGCCCGUGGCAAAUGUGCCCGGUAACAUGCGGAGAGGGCGCGCUUCGGAAGCGUUCGGUGAUGUGCGUUUCCUCGGGAAUGGGUCCGGAUCGUUCAGAUCUGGCUUUGCCCGAUCGUGAUUGCAACAGAGACGUGAGACCCGAGGAAGUUAGCCCGUGUCCCAAUUUACCUCCUUGCGGUUCGACCACGGAGGCGCCUCUAAUCGUGUACGCGGACAAUAAGGACGCUUCCUUCUACAACGUAAGCUCGAACGAUCAAGACGGCAUCACGAUUGUCGACGGUCUGACCACUGAAGAGCCGGAGAUCCUCGAAUUCGACAACGUCGUGGACGAGAACCCGGACAAUUCUAUGUACAAUACCAAAUCGAAAUGGAUUGUCUCGAAAUGGAGUCACUGCGCGAACAGAAAGAGGAGCAGGAAAGUGACCUGUUCCGUUCAGGGCGACUGUAACCCGGAGAACAAACCGGCCGCCAUUGAAUUUUGCCAGGGUGGAAGGUGGAUUACAGGAAGAUGGGGAUCUUGCAACUCGACUUGUCUGGCAAGGGUCGGAGUAAAGCGCAGGGAAAUCGAAUGUCGUGACCGUGUAACGGACUUACUGUCCGACGAUUGCAACCCCGAAAGAAGACCAAUCGAUACGAGACGUUGCUAUUAUAGGCGGCAAUGCGCAAACGAUAAAUCCGAGUGCAAGGACACCAUUGUCCCAGCUUCUGUGUGCACAACGUAUAAACGCAUGUGCGAUGUAUCAUCGAUCGUCCAAGAGAAAUGUUGCGCAACAUGCUUCAAAAAACGCAGACACGGCCGUCACAAUAAAAGACACGUCCUCGACGAUUGACUGAUUGACAAAUAGGUCACCUGGACCAGCGAACGCCGACUCAACGGAUGCGAGAACGCUUUUCCGUGAAACACAAUCCGUCCCAGUUUGUUUUUGACGUUUCCAGCGCAUCGAUAAUAAGUUUGUUGCGCCAGAAGUGUUUGUCAAAAAUGCUCUCAAUACUUUAAGAACUUAUCGCACCUUGCGAAUGUAAAUUCCAUACAUUCCUUUCGUACAUAUUUUGCCUAAAAGAUGACUUCAAAUUAAGGAACAAUGUAGGAGACUCACAAAUAUAUCUGGACAUUCCAAUGCAAGCACUAUUACGAGAUUAUACAAGCUAAAAUUAAUAUGGACAUUUCGAUUAUGUUGGAGUAAUUUUUGAAUGUACUAAAUAGAUUGAUUUAAUGAUGCAGAUCAAUAACACUAUUUAUAGUUUCGCAGAUAUAACGUUUCUAACAGUGCGAAUACAAGAUUAAAAUACGUACAAUGUGCAAAUGUUUGUAUAUAGAAAUUUAAUGUGUUUUUUAAUUGAAAAAAUAUAUAUAAAAGUGAACUUUUAUAUUUACUGUUGCAGACUUACUACUGUUUUAAAGAUAUUCUUAGAAUACAAAUGAUCAUUAGAAUAAGAAGUUUAAGACAGAGAAAUGUUUUAAUUCUUGUGCCAAGUAACAAAACUUUAUACAUGAAAACAAUUGUUUGCAUUGAAAAGAAUAGAGUAACAACAAAGCUUUGUUUAUUAAAAUGUAAAUUUUUGCAUUGUAUUAUGACAGUCUAAUUGUAUGUAUUUUUAUAAUAACCAAUAUUAUAUUUACAUGGUACUCUAUUUUUGUACAAUCGUAAAUGUAAGACUGCAGUCAUUUGUGUAAUAAACUUAUGCAUUGUAUAGAAAUAUGACAAUUUUCCAAUAAUCAUUUCCUCUAAAA